CGGAUGGAAUGAAAAGGCAGUCAGGUUAGCCGUGCGACGGUGGGAGAGGCCAGGGACGAGGCAAGGCAAGCGAUUUAGCUGCUGCUGGUUCGGCGAGCCCACGAGUUGGAGUGCCGUGAGAGUAGCCGAGGUCCUGUUGGCCGUGCCUGCAACGGGAGAGGCGUCAUGAAAGCGCGCCAGUUGACCGAGUGCACCUCAGCUCGGACGAAAUCGCGUAUUUGUCGUCGUUGAAGCUACCUUGCCUCUCGAUUUCUGCUUUCGUGGCAAGGAUUCGACUCGUGGGCCUGCUGCUCCUGGCUGUCACGAGUACCCUUCGCUCCGUAUAGUCUCGUUUCACAGUGCGGAAUCUCGUUUUGCUGGUUGCUAGUUCGUUUUCGCGCAGCAAGAAUCCGGGAUACGGCGACGGAUGUGUGUCGGUCGACGAUGAAACGUAUUCGAUUUCGUUAUUCCUAAGUCGUGUAUACUCGUUUCGCAGAGAAUUUCACCGUUUAACAGUGUGUGGUGCGUGUUGUGCGCGACGGAUUGAUCACGUAUGUUUUGGUCUACCUGUGACAUCGACGCCCGUCAAGUUGGUGAAGCAGGACAACAGGUUCCUGUCCGACAAAGAAAAGAGGACGUACGUGCGAUGGUUUUCGCGGUUCUCUCGUUUUCGUACGAUAUUCGUUGGAUACCUAUACCGAACGGUAGUUGUUAUUGACAUAUUGAUUUUGUUGGUACGGUACGCUCGUGUUCUUUGACACGUCGUGAAUCGAGUUGAAUCGGGAAAAAUAUGAAAACUCGUUUAUAUCAAUCAACAGACACGCCUAUAUCGGACGAAAGUAUAAAACAUUCUUUGAGUUUCACAUUUGAUAACCACUCGAUACCGUUUCCUAGCUGGCGUCUUUCACCUUGACGUUGAAACAUUGAACGUACUGCCACGUUUCGGCUGAUAUUCUCAUCAUCGACCGGAAUCGAGAGUGACAACCGUAUGAAAUUAACCAAACAAUUUUGAUGCACCACGUUCUUUCGUUGUUCUAACGAUCGUAUCUUCGAUCAUCAGCAACAUACGCGGAAACGUUUCCUUUCGAAUUUCGAAAGAAUCCCCAUUUUUCAUACGUCUUAACUUAAUUAAUUUCGUUUGGAAAUACGAUUCGAUUCGAAAUAGAAGAAGUGCGUGAUAAGGAGAGAAACGAAGUCACGCUGGACUGGCUGGAAGAUCGAUUCAAAUUCAUUCGGCGUUCUGUGACGUUCGUUAUUUACAUAAUUGUACGACGUUAACGCAAGUUGUUUGGUAGACGAGAAGGGAAACGCGAUAGCAGAAACAAGCUAAAUAAUUUUAGCCAUUCAUAUUUUCAUAUCGUUAGCAUUUUCUUUUCACAAAGUGAAAUUACCUCGUCGUACAUUCCAUUUACUUUUAAAAGAAAGUAUUCGAUAGAAGAAAGCGUAAAAAUAAACAUCCUGAUUUAAUAAAAAUUCAUAAUCGACCAAUACUUUUUGUUGUAAGAAAAAGAAAAGAAAAAGUGGAAGGAGAAAGAGAGGAAGGAGAAUAUCAAAGGAAAUUGCAGGAUAUCGGGGAAAAUUCGUUUGUUUCGAGCAACUAGAUUGCCAGGGAAUAUCGAGACAAUCUCACGAUUAAUAACGGCGACAGCUCAGAUUUUCUAACGCUCGGUUCGUUACGUUGUCGUUGUCUCGGAUGCAGAGGGUAGCAUCCCUCCGGGUCGUUAUUCCAUUGCACGCGCUGAAGGGCUCGGAACGAGAAGCAAUAGGAGCGCGGCGAGGAAGAAGAGGAGGAAGAAGAGCAGGAGCAGGAGCAGGAGGAGAAGGAGGAGGAGAAGGAGGAGGAGAAGGAGGAGGAGGAAGAGGAGGAGGAGGAGGAAGAGGAGGAGGAGAAGGAGGAAGAGGAGAAGAAGGAUGAGACGGAGUGUUAUCUAGUUGGAACUGUUUCACGUUGCACGUUUCUCGAAGAGAAGAGAUGAUAGUGCACGAUCUGGUUAUCGAACGUUGCAUGCCUGUUGUCGACGAACGCAUUUAUCCGCGUGGUUCGUGCUAAUUCGAUCGGUAUGUCGUUGAUGUGAUCGUGGUUCACCGAUUUUCUAACUUGACGUUUCAUUCGUUUGGAUUUGUAAACGAAUCCUACAACUAGCCGAAGUAGGAAGGACAGAGAGGUCGUUGCUGGUUAAUCCCAAGUUAUCUUAUAUAGCGCAUAGGGACGAAGCAAUCCGUUCGUAAUAGACAAUUACCGCGGAUGUUGAUUAGAAAAGAUUCGGUUAACCGCGUAACGAUCGUUGUAAAGCGAACGGUAGAAAAUGCAUGGGAAAUAGUGGAGCCAAGAGGCAAGAGCCAAGAGGCAAGAAAGCCAAGAGGCACGCAUUCGUGACACACGGCGGCACGUGGUUAUGGUCGUGUACCGUUUGCAACGUUUCUACCUAUAGCGUGUACAGCGAGCUAGCCGGAACAACGACAGAGGGGCGAGGACAGAAGGAGAGGAGCGUUCCGGUUAGCCAAACUCGAGUCAGCUUGCCGAUGGAUAUGGCAGCUGUCGUUCCCCUGGUUGUUUUUCCACGAUUCCAUCUCGCUCGACAAGCCUAUCGUCGGCAUCGUGCUAUCCGCGAAUCGAGCGAACAGGUAUCGUCGCAAGGUGUUGUCCAGGCUGGGAUACGCGAUUCCUCGUGAUAGCAGGUACGCGGCUUGCGAAUCGCGGCAAUCCACAGUGCGUCGUCGAUCGAUCGACAGACACCACACGAGCGUUGCUCGCGCGCAUUCUUAGUGACGGCCAACGUGUUCGCCGACAGUGUGCGUGAUAUCGUGAGUUUCGGUGAAUCGAUCGUCGCGUGCAAGUAGGCCAGAGAAGAAGAGAAAGGAGGAGAAUACCGUCGAUCGAAAGAAGAAAGCUUCGCACUGCGAACAGAAGAUCGAGAAUCGCGCGUAAUUCUAUAUAUCUUGAUAACUGUGCUCUAUGAUUUCGUUAAGGAUGAAGGACGUGGCCGUCGAUUCUCCGCGACCGAUUUCCAGGCUUCGCGGCAACCUUCUUCUGCUUCUGACGUUACUCGCAGAGGUCACGUAUUCGGCGGAUCUCGCAAUUGAGAUACCAGGAAACUUGAGUCAAGGCGGUUCCUGGUAUCGUUUAGACUACAGUCCUGCCGUUGGUUAUCCGCCGCCAAAUACCACCAUAGCCGCUACCGACAUCGGUGAUGUGAUCAAAUUCAAGGACGGACUUCCUGGCACUAGAUACGAAUUUUGGUUAUACUAUAGCAAUAGCACGCUUCACGAUUGGCUGACAUGGACUGCGUCGAUAACUACAGCCCCGGAUCCGCCAUCGAACCUCACGGUCUCGGUACGAAAUGGAAAGACGGCGAUAGUUUAUUGGGCGCCACCAGCCCAAGGCAAUUAUUCCGGUUUUCGGUUAAGGGUGCAAAGUUUCAGCGAUACCGGAAAUCCAAAAACCAGCGUCAUUCCUGCGGACGCGGUCCCCUACGUGCUACGUGAUCUCAUCCCUGGGGCUACGUAUUCUCUUCAGCUUUUCACCGUGUUAGACACCAAAGAAAGCGUGGCGUACACCAGCAGGAAUUUCACCACCAAACCCAACACACCGGGCAAGUUUAUCGUGUGGUUUAGGAACGAGACGACUUUGCUAGUCCUCUGGCAACCGCCCUAUCCUGCUGGCAUUUACACCCAUUACAAAGUUAGUAUAGAUCCCGCUGAUGCCAUAGAAUCCGUUCUUUACGUGGAGAAGGAAGGAGAACCUCCUGGGCCUGCACAGGCUGCUUUCAAAGGACUCGUCCCUGGCAGAGCUUACAAUAUUUCCGUUCAAACGGUGUCAGAGGACGAAACCUCCGCUCCCACGACUGCUCAGUAUCGGACGGUGCCAUUACGUCCCCUCAACGUUACGUUCGACAAGUCUUCCAUAACGUCCACUUCCUUUCGCGUUUUCUGGAAUCGGCCCGAAGGAAACUCCGAAUUUGACAAGUAUCAGAUAUCUUUGGGAGGCAACAGAAGACUAGCGCCGGUUACCAGGAACAGAGACGACGAGAGCAAAUGGGAAUUCAAAGACCUAGAGCCGGGCAAAACUUACCAGGUGGUUGUGAAGACAGUCUCGGGCAAGGUUACCAGUUGGCCAGCUAACGGAGACGUUACUUUAAAACCGUUGCCCGUGCGGGAUCUUCGCACUGUCAUCGACGAAAAAACCGGCAUGGUCGAGGUUUCUUGGCAUCCUGAAAAUUCAAGUACUCAGGAUAGCUAUAAGCUUCAAUACCACGAAGUGGAAACUACGAUCGGCGGCGAUAGCAAUAUGUUAACAACUGAUAAGACCAAGGUUACGUUAGAAGCUUUAUUACCCGGCAGAAACUAUUCGAUAAUCGUUCAGGCGAUUAGCAAUAAAAUCGAAUCAAACGAGACUGUGUUAUACCAAGUCACACGACCCUCGAGUCCCAUAAUCGAGGAUUUGAGGCCAACCGAGAUGGGAUUGAAUAUCUCAUGGAAGAGCGACGUUAAUUCGAGACAGGAGAAAUUUGAAGUAACGCACAAUAGGAACGAUACUGGGGAGAGCGCGACUACGUUAACCACGGAAUCUCAUAUAGUGCUGGAAGACCUUUAUCCUGGUGCAGCGUACGAAGUUAAAGUUUUCGCCAUUAGCCAUGGUCUAAGGAGCGAACCACACGAUUAUCUUCAAGCCGUUUUGCCUCACCCACCAAAGAAUUUAAGUAUCGAGAAGGUAACGAGCAACACGGUUGUCGUGCAUUGGGAGGCACCAACCGAUUCGUUGUAUUCCGAAUUUUCGAUACGAUAUCGAACGGAGGAUGAUCCAAGAUGGGUAAAAUUGCCCAGUGUUCGAGAAACGGAAGCGGAAGUGGCGGAUAUGACCGCAGGAGAGAAAUACACGAUUCAAGUGAAUACCGUGAGUUACGGAGUCGAAAGUCUCUAUCCCCUUCAAGUGAAUCAUACAGUUCGACCGAAUCCGGUGCUUAAUAUAACCCCGAUCAUCGAUUCAACGAACGUGACUCUAGAAUGGCCAAGACCAGAGGGUAGAAUCGAAACUUACGUGAUAAGAUGGUGGCCAGUCGAAAACCCUCAAGACAUACGUAGCAAGAAUGUCACGGAGAGUAACGACGUGACCAGCGUUCUUUUCGAAGAAAAUUCAGUGCAAAGGGUGCUUGUUAGCGAUCUGAUGCCAGGUGUUCAAUAUUCCUUUGUAAUCUACACGGUCUCUUAUAAUCUAUUCAGUGAUAUCACCAAUCUAACAACUAGAACAAUGCCGCUGAUCCAAUCGGAAGUCGUUGUGGUGGUCGAUCAGGAUCAGCCCGACUCGUUAACAUUGAGAUACACACGGACUCCCGUUCAGUCAUCCAAGUUCGAUUUGUAUCGAUUUCGGAUUAGCGACGAGAACAACACGACGAAGGAGCGGAUGGUCGACGACAUCGACACCAAGGUGACGUUCACGGGCCUUAUACCUGGUAAACUAUACAACGUCACAGUUUGGACUGUCAGCGAUAACGUGGAGAGCAGACCUUUGCUCAGGCAGGAUCGACUUUAUCCCGAACCAGUCACAUCCAUUCAAGCAAUAGAGGUGAAUGAUACAAGAAUUACGUUAACCUGGGAUAUUCCGCGUGGACAGUACGACGCUUUCGAAGUUCAAUAUAUAAACACGGAGGAAAAUUAUAUUCAAAAUGUCACGAGCACCAAUUUAAUAACAAUCUCCGAUUUGAAGCCGCACAGAAAUUAUACUUUUACGUUGGUAGUACGUUCCGGUACGGCGUCCUCUUAUUUGAGAAUAUCGAAUCCUGUGAGCGCAAGCUUCACAACAAGCGAAUCUUAUCCUGGCAAGGUGGAAAAGUUUCAUCCUACGGAUAUUCAGCCUAGUGAUAUUAGUUUCGAGUGGUCGUUACCUAGUCAGGAACAAAAUGGAAUCAUUAGAAAAUAUACAAUCACGUAUGGGCUGGAGGGUUCGGCUCAUACUCAAAUGCAGGACUUCAGGCCGAACGAAUAUCGCGGCAUCGUAAAGUCUCUCAUACCUGGAAAAACGUACAUCUUUCGGAUUCAAGCGCAAACGAGGAUCGGCUUUGGUCCCGAAGCGGUGUGGAAGCAGAAAAUGCCGAUUCUGGCACCGCCGAAACCGUCCACCCAAGUAGUGCCAACGGAAGUGUGCAGGAGCAGUACCACGAUACAGAUACGGUUCCGGAAGAACUAUUUCAGCGAGCAGAAUGGCGCGGUUACGUCUUACACGAUCAUCGUGGCUGAAGAUGACAGCAAGAACGCCUCUGGUUUGGAAAUGCCCAGCUGGAGGGAUGUCCAGGCGUACAGCAUCUGGCCACCGUAUCAGGUGAUGGAACCUUACUAUCCUUUCAAAAACGGCUCCGUGGAGGAUUUCACGAUCGGUAGCGAGAAUUGCGACAACAAGAUCGGAUACUGUAACGGGCCAUUGAAGUCUGGAUCCACGUACAGAGUAAAAGUUCGAGCGUUCACCGCGCCGGACAAAUUCACCGACACCAGUUACAGUUUUCCCAUUCAAACAGAUAAGGACAAUACGGCCAUCAUAGUUGGAGUCACGGUUCCAAUAGUACUCUUAUUGACCUUAUUGGGCAUUGGACUGCUGGUGAGGCGAAGAAGAAGUCAAGGACGUAAAACGACUGAAACGAGGACCACCGACAACUUGUCUUUACCAGAUAGCGUGAUCGAUACUAGUCGGCCAAUUAAGAUAGAAGAUUUUUCGGAACAUUAUCGCACGAUGUCGGCGGAUUCUGAUUUCCGUUUUUCGGAAGAAUUCGAAGAACUGAAGCACGUCGGAAGAGAUCAACCGUGCACAGCUGCAGAUUUACCGUGCAACAGGCCAAAGAAUCGUUUCACGAAUAUUUUACCUUACGAUCACAGCAGAUUUAAGCUGCAACCUGUAGACGACGAAGAGGGUUCUGAUUAUAUUAACGCCAAUUACGUUCCCGGUCACAAUUCUCCAAGAGAAUUUAUCGUCACGCAAGGACCUUUACACUCGACUCGCGACGAUUUCUGGAGAAUGGUGUGGGAAAGUAACAGCAGAGCCAUCGUGAUGUUAACGAGGUGUAUCGAGAAGGGCAGAGAAAAAUGUGAUCACUAUUGGCCUAUGGAUACCCAUCCUGUUUAUUACGGAGACAUUUGCGUCACGAUAUUAAACGAAACGCAUUACCCCGAUUGGAGUAUCACGGAAUUCAUGUUGUGCAGGGGUGACGUGAAGAGGGUCAUUCAGCACUUCCAUUUCACAACGUGGCCGGACUUUGGUGUUCCGAGUCCGCCUCAAACGUUAGCCAGAUUCGUUCGGGCGUUCAGAGAGAGAGUUAGGCCAGAUCAAAGGCCUAUCGUCGUCCAUUGCAGCGCAGGUGUUGGUCGCAGUGGUACAUUCAUCACCUUGGACAGAAUACUUCAACAGAUUUUGGUAUCGAAGUACGUCGACAUCUUUGGAAUAGUCUGGGCAAUGAGGAAGGAGCGUGUUUGGAUGGUACAAACGGAACAGCAAUACAUUUGCAUACAUCAGUGUCUUCUGGCAGUGCUGGAAGGCCAAGAUAUGACAGGGCCACCACGGGAGAUUCACGACAACCAAGGUUUCGAAGGCAAGAAUCGAAGCUCCGUUGAAAACACAAAGAGUUCUGCUGAGGAUGAGAAGGAAAGGUGACCCUCGAACUGCGAUUCCGGCGUCGAUGACGACGAAGGAAUAGCAGAAUCAGGAAUGUGAUGUUCGGAUACCUCGUCUCAUGCAGGAACACGAGGAUAUUUUAGAGGUAUCUUGAAGAGGUGCAGCGCACCGUACGAAGAAUAGUAUUACGAUGAUACGUACGUAGCGUGUUAUCUAAAGCUUGAAAAUGGUAAUGAAAGCGAGGGUUGUAAAAGCGAAGAAUAAUCGUCGACCGGAUGAUUUUCGUUCGGUUCGUUUCGAUCGAUAGUCGAUAGUAGAUAGUCGAUAGUUGAUAGUUGAUAGUUGAUAGUUAUGAAAGUUAAUUCGCUAAUACGAUAGCACGAAGCCAUACGAUGCUUGUAAACGUGCUCCAAACGAGAAAACUGAUUAAUCAGCGCUGGACGUUAAAAGAAGGAGGAUGCGUGUUUCCUUCUUUAGCGACGACUCGCGACUUUGCUUGGUGAAAGCGUGGUCGCGCGAUGUUUCGCGCGAAUGGCAAAUCCGUUUAUACCGAACGAAAGUAUCAACGAUUCGAUGUGACUGAUGUUUCACGAAUGGCUGUCGAAACAUCGGAGCGAUAGACGUGUCUUGAUCGAUCGAUGCGAAGGAAAACGUUAUUCCUAUCUUCGGCGUGGUAGACGACGACGUAGUUUACCUUUGUCCGGACAUACUCGACACGUUCGUUUCGCGAGCCACGUAAAAGGAGGAAUUUCGUUUCUUAAGCAAGUUUCGACGCAAGACGUAGAAAGUAACUGGCCAAGGAAUCGAAUUGCGAUGACCGAGGUCGAAAAUGGACAAGGACGCUGAAAGGGCCACGCUCUGACGAACGACGAUGGAAUUCUCUGAAAUUUUUCAGACGUAGAUAAUUCGUAACACGCAUAGAAAAUUCGAUCGAAGGCAGCUGUACACGUAUAGCUUUAAAAAUGGAUCGUUUUAUCGAAACAUACUGAAUCGAAGGUAGACUAAAAGGGAAUAGAAAAUGCAGCAACGACGGUGUUAUUUUUCAAACGAUUGUUCAAAGACGGUAUGUUUCGGCAACAAGUAUUCGCAACGAGAGAACGUACGACGAUCGCAACGUACGUUCGAUCGUCGAUCUGUGUCUCACCGUGUAAAUAUAAAUCGAUGUUUUAUUUUCCACUUAAUUAGACGAUUUUGACGUAUUUUCGAUCUCGAUGUCUCGCCGAGAGAAUGUCUCUGCGUCGAUUUUCAUGUCGACGCGAUCGAUGCUCGUGUUUAGGUACCUAUCGUGAUGUAGAUAAGUCCAGGUUGCAUAUCUUAAGGAUUGUAAGAUGCGUAUCCCGCACUGGGUUGCCACCGUUUCGAUCGAGACGUUCGGUUCGCAACAAAUCGAUUUUCGUAAGAAAAAUGACAAAUGCUGGAAAACCCUGAUAAAUCCCACGUUCUUCUCGUUUAUAUGUUUUAUAGACGGAUUCCACUUAUUAUUAAAUUUUAUUUUUACUUUAUUCCGCGUAUAAUUAAAUAAAUUAGACGCAUCUUUCUCUAUGUAAUUAUCGCUUUUAUUUUGUUUUUUUUCUUUUUUGUUCCUUUUUUUCGUUUUUGUUUGUUUCCACUUGUAUAAAUUAUUCCCCGUUGAUCAAUAAACUUUUACUAUUAUUUAUCUACACGCGCUUUAAGAUGAUCCGCGAAACUAUGAUAAAUACGUGGCAUCUAUUAUCAAAUCUUUUGCCUGUUUCUCCAACGCUAAAAUUCCGAAAUUACGUUGUAAAUUUAAAUAUGACUUGUUGGGAACCCGACGAGAAUUGACUCUGCGAACAACGAUUGCUGAUUCAAAUCGCGAGUGGCAACUAUCCGUCCAAGGGCUGUAGUAGAGACGCAAAUUAAAUGUAAAACGUUACCUAGAAUGGAAAAAAAGGGAAGGUCAGAGACGCGAGAGAGAAGAACGAUUUCCUUUUUUUUCCAUGAUAGGAAAAAGACACGUCAGUGGGAACAAGAAACUCGCAUCUUCGUAGAAAUCAUAUCACUUUUCGCAAGAAUCAUUCGACGAUCCGUAUAAUAUACAUAUUUACUUAUUAACAGUCGAUUCGAAACGACGAUCGCGAUAUCGUUCUGAAGUUAAUUAUAGCGUAGAUCGUGAGACUAAUUCGUUGAAAGGAAGGAAGGAAAAGAAAGAACAGAAAGGAAAGGAGGUAAACCAAACGAUCAUCGAACCGUGAACAAGUCUCUUCUAUGCGAGAGUUUCAAGAACAAAACUUUAUACAAUUUAGACGAUUAAUAGGGCUACGAUUUAGAGGAUAUCAACGGCCAAAUGUCCGAGGAAAAAAAGUCAAAUCUAUGACUCGUUAUUAAUUUCACAUACCAUCGAACUGAAUGGAAAUGAGUACGCAUUAGGCGUAGUUACUUAUUUCUAAAAGGAUCGCCAAGUAUUAUUAGUUUUAUACGAUCAUUCAUCUGAUCAAAGACUAACCUAUUUAUCCUGUUUCUUUAUACAUAUACGUAUACCUUCUAUUACACGUCAAUUCAAGUACACGUAUUUCGUAUCUUUUUUUAACGAUUCUUAUAAUAUUUUUCGAUAUUAGCGAUAGAAAAUUCUUAGUUACCAGUAACGAUCGAAUAAGUAGCAAACGUCGAACGACGACGCGUUUAAAGGUAGAGUACUUAGAGUGGGAUUUGCUCGAUGCUACAAAGUCGCGUACUUAAUUUUCUAUAUACAGGUGAGGCAAAAGCAAAGGCGUGAUCGGUAAAUUUUUAGACGUUUAAGAGCAACAGGGAAAUCGAUUACCCGUUUUCCCCGUAGUUAAUGAUUUGCCCGUAAUGAUUUGCCCGUAAUGAUUUGCCCGUAAUGGUUUCCCCGUAAUGGUUUCCCCGUAAUAGUUUCCCCGUAAUAGUUUCCCCGUAAUUGUUUCCCCGUGAUGGUUUCCCCGUAACGGAGAAAGAAAAGAACCGACAAAGGGAUUGAAAUUCACUGCCCAUAUGUAUUUUUGGAGAAACAUUUUUAUAUCGCUUAAGCACAUAUGUAGAACGAUUCGUAAAACACGCGAUCGUACUUGUAUCAGAGAGAAAAAUGUCCGAUCGACUCGUUGUUCUUUUAUCGAUCGGUUGGUGUGCUCCUCGAUGUUUUACAUCUUUCGCGUGCACGCAUUUUUCUAUCUUUAAAUUUCGCGCAAACGCCUGUAGCUCAAAUACUAUGGAAAUCCUUUAUCGCGUAAACGGAAUACAAAUUGCAGAGAAGUACUUUAAAAUCAUAUAAUUUAAUUGAACUUGCACGAUAACUUAUCGACUGAUAAUAUCGAUGAACCGUCGUAAACGACAACGAGUUAAUGAUUACCAUCCGAUCUGCUUUAUUAGUAAAUAUUAGCAAAUUUAACGAGUUACGUGUUACAGAUUAUAGAUUCGUUUUCUACGAUUUUGCAGUUUACGUCGCAUAGAAUAAAAGUGCAAUAGCGUAGAAUUUCAUUUCUCUUUUUACCAAAUUUGUUACUGCGGUGAAAGAGGCUUUAUCGGUAUCGACCAUUUGUAACCUUUGACUCGUUAAAUUUCAUUGAUAGCGUUGUUUGAAUCGCUAUCGACGAUAUCGGGGUUGAUCGUUAAUUAAGAAAAUUGCCAAUCGAUUGCCAAAUGCGUUAGAGUAUUACAAAGUGAUAAGACUAACAUAUACAUAUAUAGUCGAAUUUUAUUCCGAGCUUGUCUCCUUUGUAACAAACGUCUCAUCGCUUCGAAUAUCCUAAGAUGUCGUAAAUAUAAUUAUACUCGCUUAUAUUUAGCAAACGGAAAAGAACAGACUCACACGCACAGGCUAACAGAUCGAUAAAGAAGAGAUCGAUCGGACAACUGCAGUUUCCAAUCCAUCGAACUUACUUCUUUGCUAUACGUAUUGUAUAUGUGUAACAGUAUGCUGUACAUUUGCGCGCAUAUAUUAUCAACCGUAUCAUCGAUGUUUCUCGUCUAGGUGAAUAAUUGUCGAGUAUCGAUUAGAUUAGGUUUUUCAUUUUCAACGUUUUGAUCGACGGAUCUUAUUAAUACGAUCACGGGAAUAGGAAAUAAUUCUACGAUUUAUAUGUCUUUUCUUUUCUUAAAUCUAGAAACUGAUGCAAUCUUGUUGAUCGUAAGAUGCAGGUUUUAUAACGCGUUUCAAUUGGUUUCCUCGUUGAAAAAGUGCUUGGAUACUUUUAACAGAUGCUCGUAAUGUCAUCGAUUUACCACGAUCGUGGAUAAUUUUCAGUAAAAUUUAUCGAUCAAUGUUUAAACGAACCUUUCCCAUUUUUAUAAGUAUGCUGUCAUUAAGUUUUGCUCUCUGUCUGUCUGUCUGUCUGUCUCUCUCUCUCUCUCUCUCUCUCUCUCUCUCUCUCUCUCUCUCUAGACUCGUUUCUUAUGGGAACAUUAUAAUUUUCACAUUUCAGUAAAAUUCUAAUGUGAUAACAUUAUCGAUUUACAAAGAAAUCUUCGUGUAAAUAUGGUAAGAUAAAAAUCGAAGCAAAGGAUAUUAUUUUGUUUCUUCUUAGGAUAUCGGAAAGCCUGUAACGUAAUAAUUAUUUCCAUGUAUUAAACUAAAUAAAAAAUACGUGACGUAUAUUACGAAAUUAAAGGUAUAACGUAACGAAUUUCGAAUAAAUCAAUUUUGCUAAUAAUAUUUUACCGCUUUUACGUUGGGAUAAAUUUACAAAUCUUCGUCGUUAUCGAAUCCUAUAUCGUUAAUACGACUUUAGUUAGCGUUUAACGUGAUAACAGAGGAAAGCGGAUCAUAAUAUUUGCGAACUGAUUGAAAUUCGGUUUCCAUUGAAACGUGCACGUAUUCGCGUAAAAUUUUCCAUUACAUGUGAUAAAAGUUAAUUAGGCAAUUAUUUGACAAACAAAUUUGAUUAACUUGUACAGUAAUUAUUAUAUCGCAAUCUUUUAUUAAAGAUUAUUGGCUAUAUGUAUGUAUGUAUGUAUGUAUGUAUGUAUGUAUGUAUGUACAUAUAUAUUUGCACUAUAUUAUAUCUCCGAUUCAAAGGAGAUAUCGUAUCGCUUGUGGAAAGGAUUACACGCUUCGUUACUGUUAACAAUUCAAACUAAAUGUCGGUGUAUCGCUUUCAUUGGAUCAGCUUGGGAAAAAUCGUGAAUCGGUUUCAUCCGUUCAGGUUGUCAGUAUAUUUGCAACGUAAUGCACGAGCGAUUGAAAAAUUCGGCGAUUGCCCGUGCGAGUGUGUAGAUACCACCGUCACAAUGUAACAUAAGAACGAUCUAUGUAUAUGUAUAUCUCGUAUAUCUCGAUUACUCUAUACUAAAGCGUUUAACGUUUCGUUGUUAUAUUGCGUUAUAUCGUAUUAUUUUUGUACGAGAGAAAUAAGGAAAAAUCGUUGGAUAAAUUUUGUCUGUUUAAUUGCACAAGCAUCGUAUUUGAAAUAUUCUCUUAUCGCUGUUUUACCGUUUAUCGCGAUUACCGUUUCAAAAAUAUCAAAAUGUAAAUACCGCGCUUGCGCGAAUUCUAAAAAUAUGCAACUUAAUUUUUAUUUAUCGUAAUUAAUAUUUUCAUUGAAAUAGAUUUACUUGCAAGUGGACGAAAUUUAUCGAGCGAUUCGACGAAAAUAAAUAAGAAUUUCAUUGGAACAAAAUUCAUAGACCUGUCAAAUGUUUCUAUAUACCGAGAUUAAUUAGAGGAUGGACGGUGCGAGGUGCAAGAUUUUCGAAGCAUCUCGUAGCCAUAUUUCCAAGACAUAUCACGGUCUAAAGGUACUGGCCAUCAAUCGAAUUGAAAUUAUUUUCGUUUUUACGGUGCUCGAUUCCAAUGUUUCUAAUCUCCGUCGGAAGAAAACAUUUUUCUCGUUCGUACACAAUUGGUCAAGGGACACCAGCUAACCAUUAAGAAGAUCGAGCACAGGGAUAUCCGGUGUGAAAAUUGCGUUGUCGUUGAUACAAUGAAUGUGUUAUUCUGUGAUAAAUCGUAACUGUCGGCCGAGUAUGCAACAUUCUAUGCAGUUGUGUGUUGGAAAGAUGUUUUGGUUUACACGGAUGAUUAAUAACGAUGAUAAAUAAUGUUCGAUCGAUCAUCGAUUCGUGCCAAUUACUUUUUAGUCGAUCGAUAAAUAUCCAAGUGUACGGUGUAAGAGAACGACGCGGUUGUAUAAUAAAUAUGAUACGAUAACGCGCAUUAUCACUGUUGUACAUAGUAUGAUAAUUAGGAUAGGAUGGAAAGAUAUAUAUAUAUAUAUGUACGUUUAUAUUUUUUAAACAGCGCGCACAAAUCACAGAUCCGUUAAAUACCAUGAAACGUGCUUAAAUAACUGUGUCCGCGAUUAAGUUGAAGACGUUAGACGAUGUAUAGCUAGUCUAUUGAAAUUAUGUUACCGUUCAAGACGAAACUGUGAAAGAAUCGGUAAAAUCUCUCAGACAAACCGAUCUUUUCGAACGAAGAUUAUAAAAGGCAAGCUAAAAACAGAUCCCUUAUGGUUGUAACUAAAAUUAUUAUAAACGAAUUAAAGGAUUCACACGAUGCUCGUAGAUCAGCUCUGAUGGUAGUAAUGUUGUCUUUAUUUCAAAUCGAUCGUUUCUAUAACGCAGCUGCACGAAAGUAAAUUAUAUUUUAUUCUUGAAUGGAUCAUUCGUCGUUAAAUCGUUGAAACGAACGAUUUUCGAGUACGAUCGCUUGUACAGAAAUAUUUGCUUCUACACAAAUAUUUGUACAGAAAUAUCGGUUAAAAACGUAUACUUUGGUAAUAUACUAAUUCUAUUUUGUCGUAAUAUGUAUUUUUAUACAUAUUAUAACAUAAACCUAUUAAACUCUUUGCCUUAUCACAUUUUAAGUCACGCUCGAUCCAAUUCAUACUUUUAAUAUCGAAUGCGUUGUCGCGUGUACUUAUUAAUUAACUAGUUAUUUCCACGAGUUAUUCAUUAAUUAAUGAUCAACGAUAAAUGUAUUUAUUUUCGAUAAAACUGCACAUUAUUACAUCGUUGUCGUUGUCAUUGAUACAUCGUGUCUUCUUUACUCAAUACGAUCCAAAGCAGUACCAAUAGUAUCCGUUAAAUGCCGGUUGUUGAGUUUGGAUGAGAAAUCGAUUAAAUCGAAGAUUGACUUUUUCAUUUUACGCGCAAAGAAGGUUAAACGCGGAUUAUACAUCCGAGUACAUGUAUAACGUUUCGAUGUUAUAGCAGCGAAUAGCUGACUACUCGCGUAAGUAGCUACUAAGAAAUCGUAAGGCAAGGGGUUAAAUAAGAAAAGAAUACAGGAAGUUUAAUCGCAGCAACGUACGAAAUAUGAAGCUUUUGUUGCGUGUGGGAACGAAGUAUAUGUUUAGAUGUGAAAAUUCGCGGAUUUUCAUCGAGCACGUGCCGCUAUAACGGUUUCCUUUUGAGGCGGCAGCGGCGAGAUUUGCGUGCGCAAAAAGGAAAUUACGUAAGCUACGUAGGUCUACGUUCUUUCUUUUGUAAAUAUAGAAUUUUGUACCAGCUGCCAAAACAGCCGAUCCUUGGGGAUGAUUUUACGAAUCAUCGACUCGUGCGAUUUCUUUUAGGAUUCGUGAAACUAUCUCGUGAUAAUUUUGUCGUAAUGCUACCAGUAAAACGCGUUAAUCCGUAUCUAAAGAAAUGGUACAGCGUGCGGAGUACGAAGGGACACCGGUUGUCUCGCAGAAACAAAACGAAAGACGAAAUAUGCGUACGUAAUAAAUAUGGUUCUUCCAAUAAA